UGCAGAAAUUAGGAGGUUCCGUUCUCUCUCCAUCGAUCAUGCAACGGGGGCAGCGCGACUCCUGGCCCGACAAAGAAGCGACGCAUCGAAUCCAUGGCGCCCUGCAAAUGCAAGAUCCCUCGAACCCUAAUCCUUCCCCCACCCCCAAUCCCAAUCGAAAUACUCACAAUGCCCCUCCUCCUGAGCAUCAGACGACUUCGUCCGACAUGUUCGCCGGUCCUACCAGAGGCUCCUACCACCGGCGCGCCCAUUCAGAGGUCGAUUUCCGGCUGCAACCGGACGACAUAAACGGCUCUGCAGCCGGCCUCGAUGAGAUCGGUUCCGAGGAAGAUCUCUUCUGCACUUACAUUAAUGUCGACAAGCUCCGUGGUGGAGGGUCUCGGUCGCCAGACGAGUGCCCGAGUGGAGGGAUCGCUUCUGCCGAUGAUGGCGAGAGGGGCAACUCUGCGGAUCAGCAGCGAGAGAAGAGUGCAAGGCAUCGGCAUCGGCACAGCAAUUCGGUGGAUGGAUCAUCAUCGGCGGAGGUUAUGGAGGCUAAGAAGGCAAUGCCUCCAGAUAAGCUCGCCGAGCUUUGGACAGUUGAUCCCAAGCGAGCCAAAAGGAUUCUGGCUAAUCGACUGUCUGCUGCUCGGUCAAAAGAGAGGAAAGCGUGCUAUAUAUUAGAACUUGAAAGAAAAGUACAGACCCUUCAAACAGAAGCAACGACUCUUUCUGCGCAAUUGACACUAUUCCAGAGAGAUACUACAGGACUGAGUACUGAAAAUACAGAGCUUAAACUUCGGUUACAAGCUAUGGAGCAACAAGCUCAGUUGCGUGAUGAGAAAGAAGAUGAUGAGACUCAAGUAGUUGAAGCUAAAAUUGAAAUCCCAAGUGACUCAAAGGAUGAUGGCAAUGUGAAAACCUGUUUAGUGCUUCGACAUAUGCUCUCUUCCCACAAGCUUAAAGAAAAAGAGGAUUGGAGGCGAACCAAUAUCUUUCUAACUCAAGUGAUAUGCUAAAAGCAGCUUUGUACUUUGAUUAUUGAUUGUGGUUGUUGCAAAAAUAUAGUUUCUGAAGAAGCUGUGAAAUUAAAUUUGGAAAUUGAGCCUCACACCGAACCAUAUAAAAUUUCUUGGGUGAACAAUUCCAACUUGAAGGUCCAUGAUCACUGCGUACUUACCUUCAAGAUUGGUUCCAUUGUGGAGACAGUGCAAUGUGAUAUCCUUCUCAAAAUCAUAUCCUUUUGGGCUGACCAUGGUUAUUUGAUAGGAAGGUGAAGCAUGAUGGAUACGAGAAUUCUUAUUCCCUCUCCAUUGACAACAAGAACUAUAAAUUGAUGCCAUCUCAAGUCCUCCCACUCACCAAGAUGAAGCGUACUGUUGGUUCCUUUCUUUUGAAACAAGAUGAUUCUAUUCAUGGUGAUGGGCUCCUUGGCACUUUCCCCAAUGCGACAAAGAGUUGGGUUCUUUAUAGGAGGGGGGAAUUGAAUUAGGAAGACAAGCGGGUAUCUAGAUGGAUCAUAUCAACCCAAUUUGGAGGCCUACAACGAAGAAUAGGGUCUAUGGUUUAUGGGUCCCAAACCUAAAUGUGCUUAGUUGUUUAAGUAUGUGUGUGCAGUUUGCUUGCAUAUGAAUUAUGUAUGUUGGGGGUUUGUUUGUAAUAUUUGUGUAUUCUAGUGGGGUAUGUAAUGUUAUGUAGUUUUAGAGGUAUGUGUGUAAUUUCAUGUGUUUAGAGGCAUCUUAUAAUCGUGUGUAAAAGUCAUGAUGUAAGCAGCAGUUGUUGAAUUUGAAUUGGAAUUUAACGUGAGUUUCCCCCUUGUA